UCGUCAGAUAAAAUCGUGGCUCAAACACGUGCUGUUAUUAAAACCAUAACCUUGGAAAUAAUAAUUUAGUAAUAAACAUUGUCGGCCGGUUUGAAGAACUGACUUAAUUUGCUGUUGAAGUUCUGCAGAUAAAAUCUGUGAAGGUCUCAUACAUCGAUAGACAAGAUAAUGUCUGAAAUGCAGAAUACAAAUACUAACCCUGACAGCAGUUCUAAAAGCCGAGAAGUUAAAGGAGAGCAUCCACGUAACAAAUAUCAAAAAGAUUACAGAAAAGAUUAUCGUUCAAAUAAUGAUUUCAGAAGAAAUAGGAAUUCGUAUAAUACUGGAUACCGGAACGAUAAUUUUGGCAAAAAGCCUUAUAAACGUAACUGGUCGAAUACCCAACAAGAUGGGAAGAGGAAGAAGUUGGAAGUUGGAAAUCGGCUUAGAGAGUGCGAUGUCGGUAUUACCGAAUUUAUAGGAGACGAAGGAUUUUUCGGCGUGAUCAAAGAACGAUACACAGAUUUUCAUGUCAAUGAAAUAGCACUUGAUGGGGAGAUAGCCAAGUUGACAAACCAAGACAUUCCAACAGAUGAGAUUGAAAAUGAAAGUGAAGAAGAUCUGAAAAAGAUGGUAUCAGAUGUUGUUAGGGAACAGUUACAGAGCUUGAAAGAACCAAACGCAUCAAGUAUAGAAAUUGAUGUAACAGACAUGGAUAAAACUCAACGUAAAGCGAUCCACACAAUUGCUAAAAGGAUGACAAAUGUUGGUAGCCAAACUAUAGACAAAGACAAAAAGAAGAUAUUGAUGCUUUUCCCAAAUAAAGGAACUAGAAAUACUAAUUUCAAUUUUCGAAUGGAUACUAGAGCUGAUUGGAAAAAAAGAGGGGAAUAUUGUUACUUCAUAUUACAUAAAGUGAAUAUGGAUACAAUGGACGCUUUGAAUCAACUAGCUAUGAAUUUACGUUUGAGACCAAAUAAUUUCAAUUAUGCUGGGACUAAAGAUCGUCGGGCUUGGACCGCUCAGUGGGUUAGUUUGAGGAAGGUAGAGCCUGCAGAUAUAUUAAGAGCAGCGAAAAAUAUUCGCGGAGCAUACGUGGGGAAUUUCAAAUUCGAUAAUGAACCUUUGAAGUUAGGCAUGCUCAGUGGUAAUCACUUUAAAAUCGCUCUAAGAAAUGUCAGUGGAACUGAUGAACAAAUUGAAAAGACAAUGAUAUCACUGAGAGAUCACGGAUUUAUAAAUUAUUACGGUUUGCAAAGGUUUGGCACUGUACGUGCUAUUCCAACUUAUGACAUAGGCAAAGCAUUGCUUCAAGGCAAAUGGAAUGAGGCAAUUGAAUUGAUUUUAAAACCUAGAGAGGGAGAGCAAGACCAGGAUCUUGUAGAAGCUCGAAAAAUAUAUGAAACCACCAAAGAUGCUGGUGCUGCUUACAGAAGAAUUAAAAGAUGUGAUAAAAUAGAAGCUACACUUUUAAAAGGACUCUGUGAGUCCGGUAACAAUAAUCCUCAGGGUGCUCUCGAUUCAAUCCCGCGGAAUGCUCGAUUAAUGUAUAUCCACGCUUAUCAAAGCUUCGUUUGGAAUCACAUGGUGUCAAAGAGGAUAAAAGAAUUUGGAAGGAAACCUAUAGUGGGAGAUUUAGUGUAUGCAAACAGUAUAAAGUGUGAUGAUAACGAAGAGGAGUUCGUUUGCGAUAAUGAAGAUGAACCUGUUGCUGAGAAUAAUCCAGGAACUAACGAAAUGGAGAAUAGACCUGAAAAGGAAGAAGGUAUAAAUGCGCAGAUACCUGAUACAUCCACGGAAUCCAAUACUUUGAUUAAAGAAGUAACAGACGCCACAGAGUGUUGCCUUAAAAUCGAUGAAGCCAAAGAAGAAAAUAAAACAACUAAUGACAAAGACCAGAAUGAAGAUCUACGUAACCUUCCUCCAGUUAAAGUACUUACAGAAGAGGAUUUGCCGCACUAUACUUUGGCAGAUGUAAUAAUGCCUCAGGUUGGUUGGAAAGUCACAUAUCCACCUUAUGCAAAACCGUGGCUCGAUGAAUUUUUAGCAAAAGAUGGACUGACUACCGAUCUCAGGCAGAAAAAUAAAAAAUAUAGUUUAGGAGGCGCUUAUAGGAAAAUAUUGCAAAUCCCUUCGAGUGUAUCCUGGAGAAUAAUGCAUUACAAGGAAAAAUAUAACGAUCUUCUUAUGUCCGAUAUCAGUGAAAUGAGACAAUACGUGGCUCCCAAAGAUGAUCCAGAGGGCCAAUAUAAAGCUUUAAUUCUCGAAAUGUCUCUAAAAUCUUCUACAUACGCGACUAUGGCAUUGCGUGAAAUUCUGAAGUCUGAUACUUCGCCGCAAGCACAGGCAGCUCAGUCUGCUGUAUGUAACGCCGAGGCAGAAAAUACAAAUAAAUCAGAAGAGCCUUCAGAGAGUGAAAAUAAGACCCAGGACGAGGAUAAGAAUGUUCAGGAGGUAAAUAUGACGCAAGAUGAUCAUAAGAAUAUUCAGGAAGUAAAUAUGACGCAAGAUGAUGAUAAGAAUGUUCAGGACGAAAAUAUGACUCAGAAUGAUGAUAAGAAUGUUCAGGAAGAAAAUAUGAUGCAGGAUGAUAAGAAUGUUCAGGAAGAAAAUAUGACCCAGAGUGAUGAUAAGAAUGUUCAGGAACAAGAAGCAGCAGAUCAGAUGGAAGUAUCUGAAGCAAUAUGAAGCUGUGAUAUUACAAUUGGCAUUUAAAAGGUCUAUUCUAAUGUCUGAAGAUUCUAACGUCUUUAUAUAAAAUAGUAAUACACAUAGCUUUAAAGAUAUAUGUCAUCUGUCUCGUAAAAAAGUAUUAUUUCAGGAAUUUUAUUUUUUCUACCAAUAUUUAUUUUUCUUUCGCUUAUAUAUACAGUAAAUAUGUUAUUUUUACAAAAGAGCGUUUCGUUUCAUUUAAGAUAAAAAGGUUGAUCCCUAAUUUGAUCAAUAAGCACAUUGAUAUUUAGUUAUAUAAGUACAACUUAUGUAUACACUUAAUGAACAGUGUAAUUAUAUUUCUUGUACUAUAAUAAAAUUUGAUGCAAUUCAAUAAACUU